AUGAACUCCCGCAUGGACUUCACGGACCGGGCCCAGAAGGCUGUGGAGGAUGCCAUGGCCUUGGCUGAGCAGUACGCCCACUCCCAGCUUGUCCCAGUCCACCUUGCAGUUUCCUUGCUCGACCCUCCUCCGGACCCCUCCAAGGAUCAGCAAAACGCUCCCCCAGUCGUCAGCACCUUGUUCCGGCAGGUCAUCGAGCGAGCCCAUGGCGACCCUCAGCUCUUCGAUCGAGCACUCAAGAAGACCCUCGUCCGUCUCCCCAGCCAAGACCCUCCACCAGAGCAUGUCUCCUUGGCACCUCAGUUCCACAACGUCCUGCGAAAGGCAUUGGAGCUGCAGAAGGUGCAGAAGGACACCUACGUCGGUGUCGACCAUCUUAUUACUGCGCUUUCUGAUGAGCCGAGCAUCCAGUCGGCCCUGAAGGAGGCCAACAUUCCCAAGCCCAAGCUUGUCCAGGAGGCUGUACAAGCCAUUCGUGGAACCAAGCGAGUCGACAGCAAGACGGCCGAUACCGAGGAGGAGAAUGAGAACUUGGCCAAGUUCACCAUCGACAUGACCGAGAUGGCCCGCGACAAGAAGAUCGACCCCGUCAUUGGUCGAGAAGAAGAGAUCCGCCGGGUCGUACGAAUCCUGUCUCGACGAACCAAGAACAACCCCGUCCUCAUCGGUGAACCCGGUGUGGGUAAAACCACUGUCGUCGAAGGAUUGGCUCAGCGAAUCGUCAACCGAGACGUUCCCGACAACCUGAAGAACUGCAAGCUUCUGUCGCUCGACGUCGGCGCCCUUGUUGCUGGCAGCAAGUACCGAGGAGAGUUUGAGGAGCGAAUGAAGGGUGUGCUGAAGGAGAUCCACGAGUCCAAGGACGUCAUUAUCCUCUUCGUUGAUGAGAUUCAUCUUCUGAUGGGUGCCGGUUCAUCCGGUGAGGGAGGCAUGGACGCUGCCAACCUUCUCAAGCCCAUGCUCGCCCGUGGCCAACUGCACUGUAUCGGUGCCACCACCCUCGCCGAGUACCGCAAGUACGUUGAGAAGGAUGCAGCCUUUGAACGUCGAUUCCAGCAGGUUCUUGUCAAGGAGCCUAGCAUCUCUGAGACCAUCUCCAUCCUUCGUGGUCUCAAGGAGCGAUACGACCGACACCACCGUGUCACCAUCCUCGACAGCGCCUUGGUCGCCGCCGCCAACUUGGCUGCGCGCUACCUCACCACCAGACGAAUGCCCGAUUCGGCCAUUGACCUUGUCGAUGAAGCGGCCGCCGCUGUGCGUGUCGCCCGAGAAUCUCAGCCCGAGAUCAUUGAUUCUCUUGAGCGUAAGCUUAGGCAGCUGAUGAUUGAAAUCGCGGCUCUCGAGAAGGAACACGAUGAGGCAUCUCAGACUCGUCUGGUGCAGGCGAGGAAGGACGCCAAGAAUGUCGAAGAAGAGUUGCAGCCACUUCGCGAAAAGUAUAAGAGCGAGAUCAAGCGAAGUGAGGAGAUUCACCAGGCCAAGGUGAAGCUCGAUGAACUUGAGAAGCGUCUCGAGGACGCGACCAACAACGGUGAGCACGCCAAGGCCGCCGAUCUCAAGUACGGUGCCAUCCCCGAGCAAGAGUCUGUCAUCAAGGAACUUGAGACACGCAAAGCUGCCGCUGACGCAGCCCUGAACGCAACUGGUGCCGACGUUGGCGGUGCCAUGGUCACCGACAUUGUCACCGCCGACAACAUCAACGAGAUUGUUGCCCGAUGGACCGGCAUCCCUGUCACCCGACUUCGCACUUCCGAGAAGGAGAAGCUUAUCCAGAUGGAAAAGGUUCUCAGCAAGAUUGUCGUAGGCCAGAAGGAGGCGGUCCAGUCGGUUGCCAACGCCAUCCGCCUUCAGCGAUCUGGUCUCAGCAACCCCAACCAGCCACCAAGCUUCUUGUUCUGCGGUCCCUCGGGUACCGGAAAGACCCUUCUGACCAAGGCUCUGGCAGAGUUCCUGUUUGACGAUGCCAAGGCCAUGAUCCGAUUCGACAUGUCCGAAUACCAAGAGCGACACGCACUGAGCCGCAUGAUCGGUGCGCCCCCUGGAUAUGUCGGUCACGAUGCUGGUGGUCAGCUGACCGAGGCUCUCCGCCGGAAGCCCUUCUCAAUUCUGCUCUUUGAUGAGGUUGAGAAGGCAGCCAAGGAAAUUCUCACCGUUCUGCUCCAGCUCAUGGAUGACGGCCGCAUCACCGAUGGCCAAGGCAGAGUCGUCGAUGCCAAGAACUGUAUCGUCGUCAUGACCUCCAACUUGGGUGCUGAGUACCUUGUCCGACCCGGUGUCAAGGAGGGUCGCGUUGACUCUGGCACUCGAGAGAUGGUGAUGAACGCCCUCCGCAACUACUUCCUGCCCGAGUUCCUCAACCGUAUCAACUCGGUCGUCAUCUUCAACCGCCUGACACGCAGGGAGAUCCGCAAGAUCGUCGAUAUUCGCCUCGGCGAAAUCCAGAAACGGCUCGAAGACAACGGGCGCAAGGUGACCAUCGACGUGUCACACGAAGCAAAGGACUAUCUCGGCAAGAGCGGCUAUUCCCCUGCCUACGGAGCUCGUCCUUUGUCCCGUCUCAUCGAAAAGGAAGUGCUCAACAAACUAGCCAUCCUCAUCCUGCGCAACAACAUCCGCGACGGCGAGUAUGCCCGCGUCGAACUCAUCGACGGCAAGAUUGUUGUUCUCUCCAACCACGAGGACAGCGAGCUUGGCGAAGAUGAGGAGAUGAUGGAUGAGGAGGACGCUGUUGACGAGAUGCUUGACGAUAUGGAUCAGGAUAUCUAUGAUUAA